AUGGCGACUCAAGACUUUGAAGAUAUCUCCACCAUUUCAGCAGCCACGACGGCCUCUGUUGACACCUAUAAAGAGACUCGGAAUGAAAAUGACCGACAACUUUCUCUUGAAAAUGCUAGAGCUCUUGUCCGAGCCCUCGAAAACCCGGCCGAUGCAAUCUUCAAACUCUUUCUGCUGCCAACGGUGCUUAUGGCUGUCAAGACUGCCUCUGACUUGGGAAUCUUCGCUGUAUUGUCUCCAUCGACCACCUUUGUCACCUGCCAACAACUAGCUACCCAAGAGAGUGCAGAUAUCCAUCUCGUUGAGCGAAUCAUGCGAGUCCUUGUAUACAAUGGGUUUGCAGCAGAGCACGGUCCAAGCCAAUAUUUGCCCACUCCGUGGACACACCAAAUGACAGUGAGAGAAACACUCGGAACAAUGGAUUCACUGUUCAUCGACUUUCCACCCAUCAUUCACAAAACUCCAGACUUUCUCAAGAGCAUCAACUAUCAGAACCCGGGAGAUCCUAAUAACGGACCCCUUCAAUACGCCUACAAGACAUCCGGGACAUGUUGGGAUUGGCUGGGAGAGAAUCCAGAGGCUUUAAGUCGCUUCAAUACAUUUAUGGAAGGGACACGGGCUGGUACCGCUCAUUGGGCAGACUGGUUCCCUGUUCAGAAAGAGCUUUUAGAUGGAACUGUGGCCGGUCGCCCACUUCUCGUUGAUGUAGGUGGAGGGCGUGGCCAUGAGUUAGCUGGCUUCAAGGAGAGGUUUCCAUCAGCGAUGGGGGGACUAGUGCUCGAAGAUUUGCCGUCGAUCAUUGAUGACAUUGAACAGCUCGAUGACAGUAUUCAGAGAGUCAAGCAUGACUUCUUCACACCUCAACCUGUCAAAUAUGCCCGUGUGUAUUACUUGAAACACAUUAUGCACGAUUGGUCCGAUGGUAAUUGCAGAAUCAUUCUUGGCCAUAUUACUGCUGCUAUGGAAAUGGGUUACUCCAAGAUCUUGAUCGAAGAUCACAUCGUUCCUGAUCAAAACGCCGGAUCCCGAGACACAUUGGUUGACAUGAUUGUCAUGGUCUGGUGCCCAGGGAUAGAACGAACGCGCCAGCAAUGGAGAGACUUACUGAAGUCGACAGGACUAGUGGUUACAAAUUUCUGGUUGACAGAGGGCCACAGCAGGGGCAUCAUUCAAGCAGAGCUACUGGGCAAACCAGGGAAAUUAUUCCAUUGA